AUGCUGGCGAAUGGAGCAGACGUCGAAGGCAAAGACUCAUACAAGGUACGGCCGGUCCAUAUCGCUGCGGAACGAGGCCAUUUGGACGUUGUUAGAGCGCUUAUCGCGCGGGGCUGUAGUGUGAAUGCAAAGGCGUCGCACCCAGUGUUCAAGCAGCAGGAGCGAGAUGUGACGCCACUACAUUUAGCAACAGGAAUUGCCGACCCAAACGUCGCGCUCGCUUUAAUAGCCGCUGGCGCUAAUGUUAACGCCAAAACUAGUUCAGGUACGUCUCCACUGCAGCUUGCAGCAAUGCAGGGUCAUUUGUCCGUAGUGAAGGCACUAGUUUCUGCAAAUGCUAAUGUGAACUCAGAGGACAACGUAAAAGUCACCCCAUUAUGUGCUGCUGUGUCGCAGAAUUUUGAAGACGUAGCCAAAUUUCUUGUACAAAAUGGUGCCAUUGUAAAUGCGAGACAUUCAGACCGUUUGACACCUUUGCAUAUCGCAGCACAAUAUGGAUACGUUAACAUAGCAAAACUGCUGCUCCAGAACAAGGCCGAGAUUAAUGCAAAGCACGAAGAAGGCUUCACUGCAUUGCAUUUGGCCGUAGAAAACAGACAUGGUGCAGUGAGUCAACUUUUGAUUAACAGUGGAGCAGAUGUGAAUGCGAGAGACAAAGAGGGUGGGACUCCUUUGCAUAAUGCAGCGUACAGUGGAUACCCGAUAGAAACCGUCAGACUUUUGAUUGAGAAAGGCGCUAGCGUGAAUGCGAGGGACAAGGCAGGAAGAACACCUUUGCACCUUGCUGCGGAGAGCGAUUUCACCGAAGCAGUAAGCAUCCUGAUCAGAAACAAAGCUUACGUCAAUAUCAUUGGCGAUCAAAUGACGCCGCUGCAUGGCGCAGCUUGCAAGGGUAAUCUAGACUCGAUAAAAAUUCUAAUCGCCAGUGGUGCAGUAGUUGAUAGGAGAACUCACAGGCAGAAUACACCAUUGCAUUUCGCAGCGUACUUAUGGCAUGCCGAAGUAGUUAAAUACCUUUUGGUACAAGGAGCUGAAGUUAACGCAGCUGAUUGCAUAAACUGGACGCCACUUCAUUUUGCAGGUGAAGAGAGUUCUACUCAAAUCCCUUUCCGCAGUUCCAGAGACACGGGCGCACAGGCGCAGGACUCUAAGCUGAAUACCAUGAAAGCUCUCAUUGAAUACGGAGCUGAUGUAAAUGCGAAGGGGAGCAACUAUGACGACACACCUCUGCAUGUAGCUGUUCGGAAUGGCGAUACAGUGUCUGCUAGAUGCCUCUUAGAGAAUGGUGCAUACUACGAUGCGAAGUACAAAUUUGCCAGCGGUAAUGUGACAGCUUCAGAGAUGGCUGCGACGAGAAGAAACGAAAAUAUAAAAACUUUACUGUGUGCUACCGAAAAGCUGUUUAAGGCUGUGAAAAGUGCGAAGUGUGCUGAAAUUGAGAAAUGUGUAAAAGAAGCACCAGUGAACAGCGGAAGCAUAAAGUAUGGAACACCGCUUAUGUAUGCAUGUUGGAAAGGACAUUUAGCCGUUGUUAAUGUUUUGCUUAAAAAUGGAGCCAGUAUUAACUUGAGCAACAGUAAUGGCAUUACUCCUCUUCAUUAUGCAGCAAAAUUUGGCCAUCAUGAAAUAUUGUGCACCUUAUUGCAACAUGGUGCAGUAUACAAUGCAAGAACCAAAACAGGCAAAAAAACACCACUAAAUUUCGCUCAAGAAGAAGGAAAAGAAGAAGUUACAGACACUCUAAAACUAAUUGAGCGAUUGUUUACAAGAAUUGGCAGAAAGGAUAACACAGUGCUGAAAGAGUUAAAUGGAUUAAAGAACAAGAAAUAUGCUGAAUUCCUUGCCAUCAUAAACUGCAAAAAUGCAAAUAAAGAAACUCUGACACAAGUAGCUUCAAAAAAUGGGUAUGAGGAACUCUGUAACAAGUUUUCUGACUUGUAA